AUGGCGGCUGCUAUUGGUGCUAGUCUCCAAGCAAUUCAUCUCAAACGUGUAACCACACGAUGUGGGAUUAUGGAACCGACCGGAGAACCAGCUCCGAUGGGUCAGAAGACUAAAUACAACGAUGGGUUACCUGAGAGAGUGUUCAUGGGACUGUUCGCUAGAAAAAUGGACAAGUUUGGUGGUUCAAAGAAGAAGGAUCACGAGGAGAAGAACAAGAGAGGGUUUUGGGAUUACGACUACGAGAGCUUCGUUGAGGUUUCAAAGAGAGUGAUGCAAGGAAGAAACAGAUUGCAACAACAAGAGGUCGUGAGGGAAGUUCUUCUCUCAAUGCUUCCUCCUGGUGCUCCUGAACAGUUUCGAAAACUCUUCCCACCGACGAAAUGGGCUGCGGAGUUUAAUGCAGCUCUUACAGUGCCUUUCUUUCAUUGGUUAGUUGGUCCUUCUGAGGUUAUUGAAGUUGAAGUGAAUGGUGUGAAACAGAGAAGUGGAGUUCGUAUCAAGAAAUGCAGGUAUUUGGAGAAUAGUGGGUGUGUAGGAAUGUGUGUGAAUAUGUGUAAGAUUCCAACACAAGAUUUCUUUACCAAUGAGUUUGGUCUUCCACUCACCAUGAACCCAAAUUUUGAGGAUAUGAGUUGCGAGAUGAUAUACGGACAAGCGCCUCCGGCCUUUGAAGAUGAUCCAGCCACCAAACAACCUUGUUUAGCAGACAUAUGUUCUAUGUCGAAUCCAAGCUCCCCUCUCUGCCCUAAACUACAGGCAUGA